UUACUCCAGACUACAAGCUGAUUGUCCUCUACAUAUAUCCUUAUUUUGAGACCUAAACUAAAGGAAAGCCUUAUGUUUUUCUCAUGGCAGAGGGCAUAGGAGCUAGGAGAGUUCUGGAAUCUUUCAAUUCCUCAAGAACUUCUGUUUGGAAGUGCUACAUAGCAAACAUUCCAUUGGCCAAAGCAAGUCAGUUGUCUGAGCCCAAAGUAAAAGGGACUGGGGAAACAUAUUUUAUUCAUGAAGAAAGAGGGAGUGAAUAAUUACAAACAAGGAUACCAUCUACCACAGCAAAGUACAAUGCCCAGAAGCUUUUGGAAAGCAGUGACAGGGGCUGUGACUUCAUGUGACGUAAUGUUCCCUAUAAAAAUCUGACAUCAGUAAGCGUAGGAGCGGACUCGUUACAUUUUCUGAAGGUGGUCACAAAGCACCGAGCUGAUCAGAAGCUCAGGUUCUUGAUGUCCCAUCGCAGAAAGAAUUCAGUGAGAGACAAAAUGACAGGUGGGAAUGAGAUCCCGAAACCAGGGUGGUGAAAGUUCAUCCAACGGGCAUGUCUCCUGCCCCAAGUCCUCCAUCAUCAGCAAUGCUGAUGAUAAAAGUCUCUCGGAAGAUACAAAAAAGAAGAACAAAUCAAAUAGAAAGGAGGAAGAUGUCAUGGCCUCAGGAACUGUCAAACGACACCUAAAACCAUCUGGAGAAAGUGAACGAAAGAAUAAGAAAUCCUUGGAGUUAUCCAAAGAAGACCUCAUCCAGCUACUGAGUAUAAUGGAAGGGGAGCUGCAGGCCAGGGAAGAUGUGAUCCACAUGCUGAAGACGGAGAAAACCAAGCCUGAGGUUCUGGAGGCUCAUUACGGGUCUGCGGAGCCGGAGAAAGUGCUGCGGGUCCUGCACCGAGAUGCCAUCCUGGCCCAGGAGAAGUCCAUAGGGGAAGAUGUGUAUGAGAAACCCAUCUCAGAGCUGGACAGACUUGAGGAAAAACAGAAGGAAACCUACCGGCGCAUGCUAGAGCAGCUACUGCUGGCCGAGAAGUGUCACCGGCGCACGGUGUACGAGCUGGAGAACGAGAAGCACAAGCACACGGACUACAUGCACAAGAGCGACGACUUCACCACCCUGCUAGAGCAGGAGCGGGAGAGGUUGAAAAAACUCCUUGAACAAGAAAAGGCUUACCAAGCCCGCAAAGAAAAGGAAAAUGCUAAGCGGCUCAACAAACUGAGAGAUGAGCUUGUGAAACUCAAGUCCUUCGCACUCAUGCUGGUGGAUGAAAGGCAGAUGCAUAUCGAGCAACUUGGCCUGCAAAGCCAGAAAGUACAGGACCUGACUCAGAGACUGAGGGAAGAGGAAGAAAAGCUCAAAGCCAUCACUUCUAAAUCCAAAGAAGACAGGCAGAAAUUGCUCAAGUUGGAAGUGGAUUUUGAACACAAGGCUUCGAGGUUUUCCCAGGAGCAUGAAGAGAUGAGCGCUAAGUUGGCCAAUCAGGAGUCUCACAACAGGCAGCUCAGACUUAGGCUGGUUGGCUUGACUCAACGAAUCGAGGAGCUGGAAGAGACCAACAAAAAUCUUCAAAAGGCAGAAGUAGAACUUCAGGAGCUAAGAGAUAAAAUUGCCAAAGGGGAAUGUGGCAACUCCAGUCUCAUGGCAGAGGUGGAAAAGCUUCGGAAGCGCGUACUUGAGAUGGAGGGUAAAGAUGAGGAGAUCACGAAAACUGAAUCCCAGUGCAGGGGGCUGAGGAAGAAGCUGCAGGAGGAGGAGCACCAUAGCCGAGAGCUCAGACUUGAAGUCGAGAAGUUACAGGUGAGAAUGUCUGAACUGGAGAAGUUGGAAGAAGCAUUCAGCAAGAGUAAAUCAGAGUGCACCCAGCUGCAUUUAAAUCUGGAGAAAGAAAAGAACUUAACCAAGGACCUGCUCAAUGAGUUGGAGGUAGUCAAGAGUCGGGUUAAAGAACUGGAAUGUUCUGAAAGUCGAUUGGAAAAGGCUGAAUUAAGCCUGAAAGACGAUCUGACAAAGUUGAAGUCCUUUACCGUGAUGCUGGUUGAUGAAAGGAAAAACAUGAUGGAAAAAAUAAAGCAAGAAGAGAGAAAAGUGGAUGGACUCAAUAAAAAUUUUAAGGUGGAACAAGGCAAGGUUAUGGAUGUGACGGAAAAGCUCAUCGAAGAAAGUAAGAAGCUUUUAAAACUGAAAUCCGAAAUGGAGGAAAAGGUAUACAAUUUGACAAAAGAGAGAGAUGAGUUAAUAGGCAAACUGAAAAGUGAAGAAGAAAAAUCCUCUGAAUUAAGCUGCAGUGUUGACUUAUUAAAGAAGAGACUUGAUGGGAUAGAAGAGGUGGAGAGAGAAAUAACAAGAGGAAGGUCUCGAAAAGGACCUGAGUUCACCUGCCCAGAAGGUAACAAAAUUAAGGAGCUAACACUUGAAAUCGAGAGACUGAAGAAACGUCUCCAGCAACUGGAGGUGGUGGAAGGGGAUCUGAUGAAGACGGAAGAUGAGUACGGCCAGCUGGAGCAGAAGUUUAGAAGCGAGCAGGAUAAGGCCAACUUCCUCUCUCAGCAGCUGGAGGAGAUAAAACACCAAAUCGCCAAGAAUAAAGCAAUAGAGAAAGGUGAGGCGGUGAGCCAGGAAGCUGAGCUGAGACACAGGUUUCGGCUGGAAGAAGCUAAAAGUCGAGACUUAAAAGCAGAAGUCCAAGCCCUUAAAGAGAAGAUUCAUGAAUUGAUGAACAAAGAAGAUCAGCUUUCUCAGCUCCAAGUGGAUUAUUCUGUCCUUCAGCAAAGAUUUAUGGAAGAAGAAAAUAAGAACAAGAACAUGGGGCAGGAGGUCCUCAAUCUGACCAAAGAGUUGGAGCUGUCCAAGCGGUACAGCCGCGCUCUCCGACCCAGCGUGAACGGGAGGAGGAUGGUGGAUGUCCCCGUGACGUCCACCGGCGUCCAGACGGAUGCGGUCGGCAGCGAAGCAGCGGAGGAGGACACGCCAGCAGUGUUUAUACGCAAAUCCUUUCAAGAAGAAAACCAUAUCAUGAGUAACCUUCGACAGGUGGGGCUGAAGAAACCUGUGGAACGUUCCUCUGUCCUAGACAGGUAUCCGCCUGCGGCCAACGAGCUCACCAUGAGGAAGUCUUGGAUUCCAUGGAUGAGGAAAAGGGAGAACGGGCCCCCGGUGACUCAAGAGAAGGGGCCUCGAGCCGGUUCCAGCCCGGGGCACCCAGGAGAGCUGGUUCUUUCGCCCAAGCAGGGCCAGCCCCUGCACAUUCGAGUGACGCCGGACCAUGAGAACAGCACUGCCACUUUGGAGAUUACGAGCCCCACGGCGGAAGAAUUUUUUUCCAGUACCACCGUCAUUCCCACCCUAGGGAAUCAGAAACCGAGGAUAACCAUUAUCCCGUCACCAAAUGUCAUGUCUCAGAAACAGAAAGGCGGAGAUGCUACUCUCAGCGCGGAGCGAGCCAUGUCCCCAGUCACAAUUACUACCUUCUCCAGAGAGAAGACACCAGAAAGCGGAAGAGGGCCGUUUGCGGAUAGGCCCACGUCCCCCAUUCAGAUCAUGACCGUGUCCACAUCGGCGGCCCCGGCGGACAUCACCGUCCCUUCCGAAUCCCAGGAAAUGCCCGUGGGAAGGACUGUCCUCAAGGUCACCCCGGAGAAGCAGACUGUGCCAGCCCCAGUCCGGAAGUACAACUCCAAUGCCAAUAUCAUAACCACGGAAGACAAUAAAAUUCACAUUCACUUAGGUUCUCAGUUUAAGCGCGCCCCUGGGACUGCGGCUGAGGGAGCAAGUCCGGUGAUUACUGUCCGACCUGUCAGCGUGGCCGCGGAGAAGGAGGUGUCCACCGGCACAGUCCUUCGCUCGCCCAGGAGCCACGUCUCGCCUCGCCCUGGCGCGAGCAAAGUGACCAGCACCAUCACCAUUACACCGGUCACGACCUCAUCGGCCAGAGGAACCCAGUCAGUGUCGGGACAAGACGGGUCAUCCCAGCGGCCUACACCCACCCGCAUUCCUAUGUCAAAAGAAAGCAUCAUCAUCCACCAGUUACGUAUGAACUCCAGAUGAAAUGGUAAACCGAGCACACACUGGGUGUGUACUUCUUCUGAGUCCCUGUUGAACGGAUAGUAUUUCUCCAGCUCUCCACCAUCACUAAGGUCCUCUAUGCUACUGAUCAUGACUGGAAAUAACUUUCUACUUCCAGUGAAUUUUUUUGAGGAUACAAAUGUAAAAACUGAACAUGGUGUUGCUGACAAUAUAAAAAUACGUAGCAUGAGAGCAAUCCAAUCUUUAUGUCAAAAUAAAUUUCUCUUCCUUUUGCAAAGCUUUCAGGUCCAUGGGCACAUGCUGUGUAAUUUAUUUUUAUAAUACACUUUGUAAUGUGAUUUUUUACUAAAGUGUUUCCUUUUUCAUAGUCUAUGGCACAUGUAUCUGUAGAAUACACUGUCAGUUCUUCAAAGUAUUGGUAGUGGUGCAUUCAACAUGGUAACCUAUACUUAUUUUCUUUCAUCAAUUUGUUAUUUCUGGAAAAAAAGAAAGAAAGUACAACACUCUACAUAUUUCCUGGGGUAAAUUCAAGAGGUGAAUCCAAAGCAGGAGAUUCUGGAAGAGGUGUCAUUAUUGUUUGUACAAUGCUGUGCUUCUGACCAUGGUACAACACUAACAAAUAACACUGACUUAAGAGCUUAAAUACUUAAGCCGGUUUUUAAAGUUGAUCUUUCUAGUGCUCUGUGCCCAAAACCUUGGAUGAAUUGGUUUUCAUAUGGAAGAAAUUAAUAGAAGGAGCUGUAUGAGUUUAACCAGUAAGACUUACAGGAACAUCUUCUACUGACAGUUCAAUUAUAUUUCUGUUUGCAUUGUUUACUUAUAUGUACAGGUCUUAUAAUAAGGACUGUGAUAUCAGGAUAUUUCUCACAAUCUACCCAAAUGAAAGCCUGAAUAUAAAAACUGACCUAGAUGCUAUCAGCAUCUUUUUAAAAUAUGGUAGGAGAAAUCCCAAGAUAGAAACUUUUUUUUUCUUGAUAGCUAGGAUUUGGACAGGAUAAUCUAUAACCACAUAUAGGUUAGAGAAUAUGUUCUUUAAAGAUUCAAAGCAAACAUACAUUACUCAAAUCUCAGUGUCAGACCUGCUGUUGAAUUUAGGAUUAUGUGAAAAUAUGCAUCAGAAAUCUACUUGAAACCCUAAUAGUAUAGGUUUUUUUAAAAAAAGACUUUGUUAGUAUCGACAUGUUUUCAGUAAGGUCUUUAGAAAGAUAACUGAAAGAUAACUGAAGAGUUGACACAUUUUCUAGGUGCAGAAAUCAUGUAUCAUGUCACUUUACUGAGAUUAAAGAAAGAAUGCCUCUGAGUGUCACAAGGAUAACUAGAAAGUACACAAGUAAUACUAUUGGCCCUUUUCUCCAGUCCACAGCUUUAUCCAGGUUCCUAAGGCCAAGAGGGAAAUCCACACUUCAUCUCUGGAACAGAAACAUUAGGUUUUAAGGUAUACCUUGCGGAAUUAGCAAAUCAUAUUUGGUAGCUAUUAUAAAUUAAAUAACUAUAUUUUAUGUAAAAUUAGUUUUGAUUUUUGUAAGUAAAAGAAAUGCUACAGUAGGUUUUUCCUAGCAUGAAUGAUUGUGAAUGCAUCACAGACCUGCAAGCCUUUCGUUACUGAUUAAGAAAACUAGAGUGUGUAUGUGUGAAGAUUUAAAAAAUUGUUAUGGCUUUUGAUUUCUGAAAACGUUUCUGAACUGUAAAGACAAUUUCUAUGAGAAAAGGGUUUUAUUUAGUAUUGUUGUAUUUUUUGACUCACAGUUAAGUUCCCUGUUUGCCAAUGCUUAUACUUCUGAUGGCAAAAAUAUUCCGAUAUAUCACAAACUAGCGUCUGACGCAAAUAACUUUCUGAACAUGUGGGAAUUUUAUUACACUAAGAGUGAACAGGCUAGAGGAUAAAACUUUAAAUACUUCUUGACUUUAAUUUAAAAUAUUACAAAUAAUUUAUAUACAUUUGGAUCAAAAGUUUUUAUUUCUCCUGCAUUUAUAAUGAAAUUUGGUACUUGCAAAGCAGAGUGAGGGUGAUGGUGUGAUCCAAGUCAUUCAGAUGGAUACAGAGCUCUUUUCUGCCUCUGCUAUGGUUAAGUCUUUUCUUCAAACUCUAAUGGAAUCUGAGUGACAGAUGAGUAAAAUUAACCUAAAUUAAUAAAAAAAUUGUCUUGAAAUAAAAUAAUAGAAUAUUAAAAAUUAACAGAAAAUAGAAAACACCAAAUAGUCAUAUCCUUAUCUAAUGAAUAAACAAACAAGAUCAUAAAUAGUCAUAUUCCAAUAUCAAAAUCCAAUUGAAAAAAUUGCCCCCCAUGGGCAAUCCUGGCACCAUCCCAGACUCACAUGAUUUCUAUAGCUUUUAUUAUAAGCAAAUCUCCGAUCAUCAGUAUGAGUGAGAAUCAGUUUUGAAUGGAAUAAUUAGGUUUUCUGAAAUAUAGUCAUAAUCAGUGUUUCCAGGUUAAGGCAUAUAAUUGAACUAAUCCAUUAUGUUUCCCUUUUCUUUUUGAGAGGAGAAUGUUUUUUGAGGGUAUCUUCUACAAAGAUUUUUUUUCAAUUAUGUCAUAAAAUAUUAGGGUGUGAUGAAGUUAGUGGUAGAGGAAAUAUUCCAGAUAUUAGAUGCCUGGAAUGGCCACAAAAUGUGCAGAAUGAACUGCAUCUUAGGACAACCAUUUGAAAAAAAAUCAUGGUGUGGAAUAUCUAGCUUAAACAUUAACAGAGACACCAACACUAUUGAAAUAAUUCACAGCUUCUAAAAACCAGUGACGAGGAGUAAAUGGUGUAUCAGACAAUGCCUUUAAUAUGUUUGUGCCUUUUCUAUUUAUACUGUGGUUGAAUUUUCCUGGAAAUAAAUAAAAAACAUAGCAAAAGUAGGGUGUGUUCAUGAAUUUGAUGAGCAACAAUUCUAAAAACAACGAAAAUGCAAGAUGGAAGUUUAAAAAAAAGUGUAUCUGGCAUCUGAGGCCUAUACGCCCCUCUGGACUCCCACAUUUACGCCUCUGCUAAAAAUACUAAUGAGAAGGCAAAAAGGAAAAAUGACAAAAAUUGUUGUAACCAAUUCAUAAAAAUUGGGAGAGUUUCAUGGAAUUAAUUUUGCUUAGUGACCACUAAAAUUUUAUUUUCUUAAAUUUUCAGCAUUUACUCCAUAACUAAAUGAUGAAAACUGUGUUUGUUACUUAGGGAAAAUGCCAUAGAUUCAUAAAUUUACACAGAAAUAUUUAUAGGUGCCAUGACAUGAUUCUUUUAUUUUCUGGUGGUGUUUUCUUUUUGUUUGUUUAUGUUAUUUGGGUAAUUUUACCUCACCAUUCACAGAUUUUGUUAUUUUAACAAUUCAGAUCUGUAUUUCUUUAGAUUUUGCUUUAAAAAUAUCAGAUGUUAGCUCUUCCAAUAUAAGAGACUUACAAUGUGAUCAGGUAUUCUUAGAAGUCUUGCAAGGUUUAAUGGAUUUUCAAAAGCAAAAGAUUGCAUUGAAAAAUUUUGGAGCUACAUUCUAUUUUCACAGCAUUCUCAAUUUUGUUUCCUUUAAGUUUUGUUAAAUCCAUGAGAAGCUUAUUAUUUUUCACUACAGCCGAGUGAAUUUAUGGAUAUGUACUUGUUUUUUCUAUGAAUGUAAUAUCCUACUUUCAGUUCUUCACAGGCUAUUGAAAUUAUUUAACCAAUUAAGACAUUUUCUGUAUUAUUUCCAAAGCCAACUAUGUUUAUCAAAAUCUCACCAGAGUGAGAAAAAUAACAAUUGUGAUAUGAAAGCAUUGUGCAAUAUUCUUUUUUGAGUUGGAACAUAAUAUUCAUCAAAUUAAAAUCAUUUAAAAUGAGUAUUCAACUUUAUUUUUACUUAAAAUUGUUUGCUUUAAAAUAGUCUUCCCUUCUGCAUUUUGUAUUUUCUUUAAAAUAUGGUGGUUUUGACUGUGAAUACGCAGAAGCAGUACAGCAGAUCUGCCAAAAUGAGAGACGCUUUUCCUUGGAGUUACAUCAUAGUUUGAUUCCUUAGUGAGAUGAAAACUGCAAGACACCAAGAGACGCAGCUGGUUGCAGGGCUUC